ACCGCAGCCCCUCUUCAAUCUAUGAUAGACACUCCCCAGCCGCGUCUGGCCGCCAUUAGCGCUGCCUCAAGUGACAUCACUACGGUGUUCCUCUUUUUGAGAUACAGAUGGAUACAUUGCACUUGAGUUGAGCGCUCAUGCACCUACCGGCCGCACGGUGAGUUGUUCUUCUGUCUUCAAUGCUGAUGAUCUAGUGCGGUGGAGUACCUAUCUGCCGAGUACAUACACACAUUCUGGAAUCCCCUCUGCUGCAUACCUGGUAUCUGGAGAUAAGAUCGGAAGAACCCCGCAGUCUGCCAUCGUCCACAUCUGCUGACUGACUGACUGACUGACUGACUGACUGACUGACUGAUAUUCAUCCUCGUCAAUGGAGUCAAGCAUGGAUCCCUCAGCCACAAAGGCCAACGACCGGGCCGAGCAGGGUCAGCCUGACAAAGAAGCACCGCUGCGCUCGGAAGAUUGCCAACUAGGCCAGAAUGAUGUCUUACAUCCAGCUGUCACCGCUAUAAGCUUCAAGGCCCGGUGCCAGUUGAUGGGUGUGUAUAUACCCCGCAUUCUGCAGCUAGCCUGCUCCGGGCCUGCCCGGACACAUGCUACUCAUCUGCCUGAGAUGUUACUCGUCCAAUAUGUGCGAGAGGUCAUAGUCCGUGCCAGGACGCAUGGCGCGCGGGUGAUGACCAUAGCUGUUAUCUAUCGGGACGUGCACGAUAUUGGGUGUCGUAGGCUAUCAUGA